AUGUCCCCUCUUAUCACUCUCCAAGGAGGGAACCUGCCCCAGACCUGCCUGCCUUCCUGCCACAGAACCCGGGUCACCCCUCUUUGGUCAACUGGGUGGUCACUGCUCCGAGGAGUUCGCCUAGUGCGGAUGCCCGAUGGCAUGGCACCCUGCAGCUCAGAACUCCUGGCUCCAGUGACCCUCGGCCUCCGAGUGGAGCAGCGGGGCCACGGGCCACCGGCCCAGCCUGCCCCGCCCCCGUAUCCUAGCAACGCCGGGACGCGCCUCUUCAGGCUGGGAGCGCGCACGCCGGAGUCACGUGCCGCCGUGCCCCCCGCCGCCGCCGUCUCCCUUUCGCGGUUCUUAGAGAGUGGCGGCGGCGGCCAUGGCGGCGACUGGAGGCGGAACGCGGACGGCGGCAUGGCGGCCACGCUGCUCGUGCUUCUGGCGCUUGUGCUGCCCAGCGUCUGCGGAGACUCCUCGGCUUACAGUGGAGGACUAAUGUUGUGGACACGCCGUCGUUCGUGUUGUGGUUGGUGUCGCUGGUCUGCUGUUUUGUCCUGGUCAUCAUCCGUCAGCCUGAAGAGCGUUCUGCAGUGUCCUCAGGAGAUGAGUGAGCGGGUUCCAGGUUCUCCUUGUAUCUGUUUAUCCGAGAGUGUCCGCAAGGCUCCUCCGUGGUGAAGAGUGGUCAAGUUACCGCAUUCUGUGCUCACUUUUCCUCCUUUGCUGUUUUGUGAAUUCAACACUUUGUCUCCUGCACAUCAGCAGCACUGCUGAAGCCCUGGUUUGGAAUCAUCUUUUCCUUGGCUGCUUUAAGGACUUUUUCACCUUCGGUUUUCUGCACAGGGUCUGUCGUGUGCCUGUUCAUUCUCUUCCUGCAGCUUUCUGAGUUUCUUGCUUCUGUAGCUUGAUGUUUUUCACCAACUGAGGGAAAUUUUGGUCCUGUCGUGGGUUUUUUCCUGCCCCAUUGUCUCUCCUCUCUCCUCCUGUGUUUUCAGUUAUGUAUGUUACACGGCUUAUUAUGGUCUGACAGGCUCUGUUCAUUCUAUUUUUACCUGUGUUUUCCUCUUUUACUCAGUUUGGACAAUUUCUGCUGAUUGGCUUCAAGUUCCCUGGCUUCUUAUCUGCUGUCUCCAGCUGCUAUUAAAAGCAUGUAGUGAAUUGUUUAAUUCAAAUAUUGUACUUUUAAAUUCCAGAA